CUUGACGAAGGGCUACGACACAGUCCCAUCAUCCUGUCAUGUUGCACGGCAGUGUUCUCACUGGUUGACUGUCCUCAAGACAAGUUCGUCCUUCGCUCUGGAAUUAUGUGGGCUCAGCAGCAGCUCAGCUGCCUCGUCGCAUCACUAGAUUGCAUCGCGCCUAGCCUUCAUGAUGGUGCGCGGCCUGGACCGAAUCCUGCAGGCGGGAGACGAAUUGACAGCUUCGAAAACGUCAGCGCGCGGGUCAGCGGGGAAGCCUCUAAACAACACUAACGCUCGGCCAUGCCUUAGGAGCCUUUUACUUCCACUCACAAUCCCUGCUGUCAAGUCGUUGUCCGGCGAGGCCGCGAGGUGGCUUUGCAACCUUCCGAGCUUCAGCCGCACCCGAUGCGGCCACUCGCUCAAAAAUGCCUGAAAGAUCCUGCUCACACAGGCUGGUAUAAAAUCAGCCUUCUGUCCGGAGGCUGCUUACCUGACUUUAUUUUCUCUCGACUUGCACAAUCGGCCUUCCCUAGCCCCAAAUCCUAUUCCCUUGUUCAAUUAUAUAUUAUCUAGUGUAAGUGCCCCCAAGACAAUCAACUGGAGCAUUCUUACUCAACAAGACUGCAAUAUUCAUGCUACAACUGAUACUGGCAGGCAAACAGGAUAUUUAAUCUGUAUAUACGCUUGUUCUUGUGUAUAUAGCAGUUCUUGGUUAUUUGUUCACGAUGGCCGAUAAAACGCACACCAACAAAACUAUACUGGGCGGCCUCGGUCAGUCCAUCUCCCAGUUGGAAAACGUUGUCUCUGCAUCGUUACGGCCACUACCCACAGAAACUGGUAACGGUACCUACAUUGCCGAAUCCACUGAGACAGGUCUCGUUGCCGGCCUUGUUCAAGACAUGGCCACUGUGGACGUCGGCGACAUUCGUACCCUCGUCGAGGUCAUCAAGAAUUCCGCUACUGGAGAGCCCGUAGACGACAAGAGCUACGUCAUGGAGAGGACGAUACAGCUAGCUGCUGGUUUGCCUGCGACAUCGCGAAAUGGGGCAGAAUUGACCAAGUCCUUUCUAAAGAUGCUUUGGGACGACCUAGAGCAUCCACCAAUCUCCUAUCUUGGCGCUGAUUCGAUGUACCGCAAGGCUGACGGGUCUGGCAAUAAUCAUUUCUGGCCUAAACUAGGGGCUGCUGGCUCUCCCUAUGCAAGGUCUGUCAGACCAAAGACAUUGAAAUCCCCCUCUUUGCCGGAUCCGGAGGUCAUAUUCGACAGCAUUCUCCGCCGGAAAGAGUACAAGGAGCAUCCGAACAAGAUCUCAAGUGUCUUAUUCUAUCUUGCGUCAAUUAUCAUACACGAUCUCUUCCAAACGGAUUCUAAGGAUGGGACUACGAGUUUGACCUCCUCCUACUUGGACCUGUCGCCUUUAUAUGGUAACAACCAAGAUGAACAAGACAGUGUCCGCCUCUUCGAGGCAGGCCGAUUAAAACCAGACUGUUUUGCGACCAAACGUGUACUCGGAUUCCCACCCGGAGUAGGGGUGCUCCUAAUAAUGUUUUCCAGAUUUCACAAUCACGUGGCGGAAAACCUGGCAGCCAUCAAUGAAGGAGGGAGGUUCACUAAACCAGACGACGAGGCUGACGAGGCUAAGAAGGCGAAAUACGACAAUGACCUCUUCCAGACCGCCAGGCUGGUCACCUGUGGUCUCUAUGUCAACAUCAUACUAAAGGACUACGUAAGAACAAUCCUCAAUAUCCAGAGAACCGGAAGUCUGUGGAGUCUUGAUCCAAGGAUGGAAAUGCAGGAUGGACUUCUCGGCGAAGGAGCAGCGUUGGCGACAGGCAACCAGGUUUCGGCCGAGUUUGCAUGCUGCUACCGGUGGCACGCCUCGAUAUCCAAAAGAGACGAGCUGUGGACAGAAUCGUUCCAUCGUGAGAUUAUGCCGGGGGUUGACCCAGAAACUUUGUCACUGAAGGAUUUCACUGCUGGGCUGGGUCGUUGGCAGGCGGGUCUUCCAAAGAACCCAGAAGAGCGCCCAUUUGCAGGGUUACAGCGUCAGCCGGAUGGAACAUUCAAUGAUGGUGAAUUGGCCAAUCUGUGGAAAUUGUCCGUCGAGGACUGUGCUGGCGCAUUUGGGGCCUUGCAUGUCCCACCAAUCUUCAGGACUAUCGAAGCCCUAGGAAUUAUGCAGGCUCGACGGUGGAACCUGGGAACACUUAACGAGCUCCGAGCCUACUUCCACCUCAAACCCCAUAAGACUUUUGAGGAUAUCAACUCUGACCCAUACAUUGCUGAUCAGUUGAAGCGACUGUACGAUCACCCCGAUCUUGUCGAAAUCUACCCUGGUAUAAUUGUUGAAGACGCAAAGGAGCCCAUGACUCCUGGAAGCGGCCUCUGCGUCAAUUAUACUAUAUCGAGGGCAAUUCUUUCAGACGCCGUCGCGUUGGUGCGCGGUGACCGCUUCUACACAGUUGAUUAUACACCCAAGCACCUGACCAAUUGGGCAUUCAGCGAGAUCCAGCCUAGUGACUCUGUCGACCAGGGCCAUCUUUUCUAUAAGUUGGUUCUCCGCGCAUUUCCCAACCACUUCGCGGGCAACUCGAUUUAUGCCCACUUCCCGCUGGUCAUUCCCUCGGAGAAUGAGAAGAUCCUGAAGAACCUUGGAAUUGCCGAAAAAUACAGCUGGAGCGUCCCAAAGCUCAUUGCUCAACCCCGGUUUAUCGACUCUCAUGCCGCUUGCAUGUCCAUCCUCCGCAACCCUAACUUCAUGAUAUCCGGAGACAUCCCACCCAAUGCUGCAUCGCGCAAGAUGAUGGAAUCUGCCUUGUACCGUGAUAACUGGGAAGAUGAAGUGAAGAAGUUCUAUGAGCAGAUAACUCUGAGACUUCUUCAUCAAAAAUCCUAUCAGCUUGCGGGUGUCUAUCAAGUUGAUAUUGUCCGAGAUCUGAUAAACCCAGCCGUCACCAACUUUGUCUCCAGCAUAUUUUCUCUCCCACUGAAGACCGAAUCAAACCCCAGAGGCGUUUUUACCGAGGUGGAGCUAUACAAGAUUAUGACACUUAUCUUCACGGCCACUUUCUACGAUGUUGAUGUCUCAAAAUCGUUCGAAUUGCGCCAGACCGCCCGCGCUGUAACCCAGGAAUUGGGCCAGCUGAUCAUGACCAAUGUUGAGAAACUUGGAAAGUCUGGCUUCAUCGCCAGCCUAGUGAACCGUCUCCAUCGUCACGAUGUGUUGUCCGAAUAUGGAACUCACAUUAUUCAAAAACUCCUGGAGAGCGGUCUAAAACCGGCUGAGAUUGUUUGGACCCAUAUUCUUCCAACGGCUAGUGGAAUGGUCGCAACUCAGGCCCGGAUUCUAAGUCAAUGCCUGGACUACUAUCUCGGGGAAGGGGCCGUUCAUCUUCCGGAGAUCAACCGCCUAGCCAAAGAGGACACUCUGGAAGCCGAUGAGCUACUCACACGGUACUUCAUGGAGGGUGCUCGUCUAGGAUCCUCAGUUGCUCUUCCCCGAGUGGCUGCACAGGCAAUAGUCAUCGAGGACUACGCUGAGAAGAUCAAGAUCAAGGCCGGCCAGGAAGUUAUGUGCAAUCUGGCCUCCGCAUGCAAGGAUUCCUCUGCCUUCCCCGAACCAGAUAAAGUCAAACUAGACCGUGAUAUGAGUCUCUAUGCUCACUUCGGGGUUGGCGCACACGAGUGCCUUGCUGCUGAGCUGUGCAAGAUAGGACUGACUUCAAUGUUCAAGGUAAUCGGACGAUUGGACAACCUACGCCGUGCUCGGGGACCUCAAGGCCACCUAAAGAGAAUUUCUGGGCCCGGUGGAGUUCCAAAGUACAUGAACGAGGACCAGACUGGCUUCUCGCCGAUUCCUACAACCAUGAAACUUAGGUGGGACGGUCCUCUGCCCGUGUUAACGGAUGAUUGAGGAUGGGGAAUAGGGAGUGCAUGGAUAUUUGUGAUAUAAGGAAUGUGCCUUUUUAUGAUCAGGAACGUCUGCGGCAUGUCAAUCUUCUAGUUUUAUUACUUGGGGCUCGUUGACUCUGGAGAAUACAUGUUGUUAUAUUUAUUGGUUUAGUAUUAUCUUUAUGCUUCUGUGUUGCCAUGAGCUCGAACUAGUCCUAAGCGCGUCCAUGACAUGGCGGGACAGCCACUGUAUAUUACUAGAAUCGCGGCCCGUGGAUUCAUAGUUCUGGGUGUAUCACAUUGAUGGGGGUGAGCGAGGCUGGCUCCGCCCCACCUUACCAUCAUCUUCUAAAGACGUAUGGUCACGUAACUUGACGGACCGUUGAACUAUCCUAACCUAGUCGUCGAACUCUAAAUCACGGUCUGGGGGCACAAAAGAUCGACUAGUAUGCGCGUCACCCUAAUUCAACAUGAGAGUUCAUUCCAGGCAAAGCAAAACAGGUACCCUAGGUACGCUGGUGUCACAAAUCAUCGUGCUAUCAACGCAGCGAGGCAUGGAGAGAGAGACAGGACAAGUGGGCCGAGUUUCAAGAAGCAAGUUGGAUGAACGGAAGUCAACAAAGGAAACAGAGGGAAAUGGGAGAGCCAAUUAGGGCUAAUAUAGGAGUGGGAAGGAAGGCUUGUAUUACGCAUAGCUUUGUGUACUGAAGCUUCAUUCUUGCAGCCUGCGAACUUAUCAGUUGCUGUCGAUACUGGGUCUUUCUAUAACACCGACUGAGAAGCGGAGUUUGGACAUGUCUUGAGGUGAGAGCUGUCCAAGGGAAACGACAACGUGCUCCGAAUUCUAAUCGUCUGGUGACAUCCAGUGGACACGGAGUUAGGUAGAUUUCACAGUCCAAUUCAGUAAUGGUCCUGGCCUCACAUUGCCAUUGUCCUUGCCCCGACAUCCUGAGGAAUUAGGGAUCUUGCAGAAGUGCCGAAAAUUCCGUUAAGCUAAAGGAAGUACCACGAGUAAAAGUUCGCUCUAGAAAUAUGCUAGCGUGGGGAAGAUGCUAUCCAGGUAGCUGAACAUGGUUGCUCAAGGUCGAAGGGAU